GCUCGAGCACCACAUGGCGUCGCUCCAUCUCGCAUCUAUAAAUACCAUUGGCCAUGCACACCCGCACUCCCACACAGCAAUACAGCACACUAGCAGCAGCAGCAGCAGCUCGAGCUAGCUUAGCUACUACGUGUGUGCAAUCAGCUCGAUCGCCAUGGCUGCAAGAGCGGCGCUCAUCCUGGCUGUCAGCCUGGUCCUUGCUGCAGUGGCGAGCGCGACCUACUGCCCGCCGCCACCGGCCCCAAAGCCGCCGACGCCCACGCCCAGCGGGCACCACUGCCCCAGGGACUCUCUGAAGCUGGGCGUGUGCGCCAACGUGCUGGGCCUGGUGAAGGCCAAGAUCGGCUCGCCGCCGUACCAGCCGUGCUGCUCGCUGCUGGAUGGGCUCGUCGACCUGGAGGCCGCCGUCUGCCUCUGCACCGCUAUCAAGGCCAACAUCCUCGGCAUCAACCUGAACCUCCCCAUCGACCUCAGCCUCAUCCUCAACAACUGUGGCAAGAACUGCCCCAACGAUUUCCACUGCGCAUAGAUGAUCAAUUGAUCGUCAUCCAUCGCUGGCCGCAGUUCAUCAAUCAUCAUUCCGUGGCAUGAUAUGAUACGAUGCUUUGCUUAAUUUGUGGUUGAGAUCUUCCUGUCAGUUCCAGCUUAAUUAUUUAUUUUGAUUAUUUGUCUCUUUAUACGUGUGCAUGUAUAUGCCUUGCCUGGGGUGAUCAGUUAAUUACUGAUCGCUGUUACAAUGUAUUCUUGAUUUGUUCUCAUGAGUCAUGAUCUGUUUGUAAUGGUUCGGUCAAUAAAUGAAGAAGUAGUUUCUUUUUGAUAAAA